AUGGAGGGCAGCAAUGCAGUGAAAAAUCCCAUGGUGCCAGGUUUCAAAUUGAUGAAAAAUGAAAGUGGAUCAAGAGUGGAUGCUACUCAGUACAAGCAGGUGAUUGGAAGUUUGAUGUAUUUAACAGUUACAAGACCCGAUCUAAUGUUUGUAGUGAGCUUAGUAAGCAGAUACAUGGAGAAACCUACCGAGCUGCAUAUGCAGGCUGUGAAGAGGAUUUUGAGGUACCUAAGAGGAACUACGGACUUAGGGGUGUGCUACAAAAAGGGAGGUAAAGCUGGUGAACUAGUUGCUUUCUCGGAUAACGACUAUGCCGGAGACACGGACGACCGAAAAAGCACCUCAGGCUAUGUGUUUCUUUUGAGUUCGGGAGCUAUGGCUUGGAGUUCAAAGAAGCAACCUGUGGUUUCUCUCUCAACCACAGAAGCUGAGUUCAUUUCAGCUGCAUCAUGUGCUUGUCAGGCCGUGUGGAUGCAAAGGGUACUCAAGAGUCUUGGCUGGAUUCAAAGUAAGAGUACUGUGAUUUAUUGUGAUAAUUGUUCAGCAAUUAAACUUUCAAAAAAUCCUGUUAUGCAUGGAAGAAGCAAGCAUAUAGAUGUCAGAUUCCACUUUCUUCGUGAGCUCUCAAGAGAUGGUGUGGUAGAUUUAAAGUAUUGCAGCUCUCAGGAUCAGGUGGCAGAUGUUAUGACAAAACCUUUGAAACUUGAUGACUUUGUGAGGCUGAGGGAGCUACUUGGUGUGUGCACGGUGCCAUUGAAGUAA